CACAGUUUGUGACGGACCGCCUACUACCAGCAGUCUCCUUCAGAGAGCAACGAUGGAGGGCGAGGAGGAGCGACAGCAGAUACAGUUACAGGAUGCAGCUAGGCACAUUGUGGGGAUGCUGAGGAAGGCAUUGAAAUCUCCUUCUCAAAAUGAUGGAGCUCCAGUUCAGAGAGGCCAGACGUCAGGGACCCCAGGGUCAAAGCGACAGAUGGUCUCAAGACCUGUCCAGCCAACCGUGUCUACUGCUUCACGCAGCAAACUGGAUGAGAAUAUGGCCAGAUCAUUUCCUGGACUCUUUAAAAAAAACUGUUCAAGACCUCGGAAACGGGCAGUGAAGUCAAAACAUGUUCAGUUUUUUCUUUUGGACAAAGUAACUGACCGUACCCCCAAGACAGGUGAGGAGAUGGUACUUCUCCAAGCUGGACUAGGCCGUAGGACAGUUUCCAGAGGAUGCCGAUCACUCAGAGGUAUAUGUCUUUUUUCCCUCUUACAUGUGUUAUGUUACACAGCCAUUCAUCAGUGGUCAGACUAUGCCAAAGUGGUCUUGUUUGUGUGCUUCUGUUUUACUGUUAAAAGUUUGUGCCAUUUAUUUGCUCAAGUUAUUCUGGAAAAAUCACCUAGCACCCCAUCAAGCUUUAAAUUAGACCAAAGUAGUUCCAUUCAUUAGCGCUGCUUUUGUGAUGUUUGUGCUGUCAAAAAGUCCAGUCCUGUUAUCAGUGUCUAAAAUGUUU